AUGCAGGCGGGGAAGGCGGCGGCGGGCGGCGGGCGCCUGCAGCUCACCAUGAAGCGGGGCUACGAGGUGCUGCGCGACCCCCACCUCAACAAGGGCAUGGCUUUUACCUUGGAGGAGAGGCAACAGUUGAAUAUCCAUGGAUUAUUGCCACCUUGCUUUCUCAGUCAAGAUGUCCAGGUUUACACUAUUCUGCAGAAUUUUGAAAGGCUGACAUCUGACUUAGACAGAUACAUUCUGCUAAUGAGUCUUCAGGAUCGAAAUGAAAAGCUUUUCUAUAAAGUGCUGACUUCUGACAUUGAAAGGUUCAUGCCUAUUGUAUAUACUCCCACUGUGGGACUGGCUUGCCAACAUUAUGGUUUAGCAUUUCGGAGGCCAAGAGGACUUUUUAUCACUAUCCAUGACCGAGGACACAUUGCUACAAUGCUUGAGUCCUGGCCAGAAAGAAUCAUCAAGGCUAUUGUGGUGACAGAUGGAGAACGUAUUCUAGGUCUUGGAGACCUUGGCUGUUAUGGAAUGGGCAUCCCGGUUGGUAAACUGGCACUUUAUACAGCAUGUGGAGGAGUAAAACCUCAUGAGUGCCUCCCGGUGAUGCUGGAUGUAGGAACAGAUAAUGAGUCACUACUGAAGGAUCCUUUGUACAUCGGGCUGAGACACAAGAGAGUCAGAGGUCAAGCCUAUGAUGAUCUUCUUGAUGAAUUCAUGGAAGCUGUAACUUCAAGGUACAGCAUGAACUGCCUUAUUCAGUUUGAGGACUUUGCUAAUGCCAAUGCCUUCCGCCUGCUGACCAAAUACCGUAACAARUACUGCACUUUCAACGAUGACAUUCAAGGAACUGCAUCUGUGGCUGUCGCAGGUCUUCUUGCAGCUCUGCGUAUCACUAAGAACAAGUUAUCAGAUCACACAGUGUUAUUCCAGGGCGCUGGAGAGGCUGCACUGGGGAUAGCAAACCUCAUUGUUAUGGCCAUGGAAAAAGAAGGAGUAUCUAAAGAUGUGGCUAUCAAAAGGAUAUGGCUGGUUGACUCGAAGGGAUUAGUUGUAAAGGGACGUGCCGCAUUAACGGCUGAGAAGAAACAUUUUGCCCAGGAACAUGCCGAAAUGAAAAAUCUAGAAGAUAUUGUUAGAGACAUAAAACCAUCCGUGCUAAUAGGAGUUGCUGCAGUUGGUGGUGCUUUUACCAAGCAAAUCCUUGAGGACAUGGCUGCCUUCAACGAACGUCCCAUUAUUUUUGCUCUCAGCAACCCCACGAGCAAAGCGGAGUGCACUGCCGAGCAGUGCUACAAAUACACAGAGGGACGGGGCGUCUUUGCCAGCGGAAGUCCCUUCGAUCCCGUCACUCUCCCAAGUGGGCAGACGCUCUAUCCUGGACAGGGCAACAAUUCCUAUGUGUUCCCAGGAGUUGCCCUUGGCGUUGUUGCGUGCGGGCUCAGACAUAUCGACGACGAGGUGUUCCUCACCACUGCUCAGGUAAUAGCCCGGCAGGUUUCAGAGGAGAACCUAAGGGAAGGUCGCCUGUACCCUCCCUUAGUCACCAUUCGGGACGUGUCGCUGAAGAUCGCUGUGCAGAUCGCAGAGGAAGCCUACAGGAAGGGCACUGCCUCCUUCUACCCGCAGCCCCGGGACCUGGCGGCCUUCAUCCGCUCCCAGGUUUACAGCACCGACUACAACUGCUUCGUGGCCGACUCCUACGCCUGGCCMGAGGAAGCCACGUGCAAACUGUGAAUGUGUAGCUGGCAAUGGGCAAACUGGCAGCAGACAGAAUCCUUCGAAUGAUUGGAACAUUUCUGCCUAGUAAACUUAAGAAUAGUUAAUUUUUUAAGAAAUGCAGMAACUUUUUCUAAAUUGUGAUACUUGAUUAGAAGCUCAGAUUAAGGAGUCAUUAAUUAUACUUGAGAAAAUAAAAGUGAAUCUGAGAAGUGGAUUUGCGUUGUUCAUUUUUUGAUUAUUAUUUUACCUCAGAUAUCCUCCACUAAAGUCUUAACAGAUCUUUUUGUAAUCAAAAUAAAGGGUUGUAACUUAGUUUUGCCACAAACAUCAAUGAGAACAAUAUUAGGCUUAAGCCAUUAAUACAAUGGAAAAUCAGAAAUAUAUAUGAGCACUGUUUAAACCAGUAAAGGUCACAGGGUAACCCAUCGUCCCCCUUUGAUACAGCUGACCA